CUCUUUCUCAUCGCGCGAUUCGUUGAUGGAGGCCGGAAGCAAUGAAGAUGACGUCAGAAAGGUGAUCACUCAGAGGCUGAGACGAGCAUGUGGAGAUCUUGUGCGUGUCGUGCAGAUCUGCGAGGAUACAACAGCCCUGGGAGAAGAUCUCCACCGUCUACAGUCACGAAUCAAGGUGAGAUGAGAGCAACUGGAAAAUGCUUGGCUUGUCUCGCCACCUCUGGCUGGUCUUGUGUCUGUGUGUGUCAUUGCAGGGGUGUGCCCGUCCUUCUGACAGCAGUGCCGCUCAAUGGCUGGAUUCGGCAGUGACGCAGCUCUCCGCCGCUGACCUGAGUGUCGCUGGGGCGAUAGAUGCACUCGGCAAUGCGGCAGCGGCCUUGCCCGUGGAAGCGUCUCAAGCUGAGGUGAGAGGGAGAGGCUCUGACAGGCACACAGGACCAGGGGGUUAUGUGCAAGAAUUGACGGUUGUGCCUGUGUGUGGUGGUGCUGCUUCAGGACACCAUGGCUGAUGCAGAGGCUGUCACGUCGGCGCCUGCAUUCCAACUGAUCCAUGUGUCGGGGAGGCAGCCGACCGACCGCGGACCGGUGAGAUCAGACAGACAGACAAUCCAUUCGCCAUCCUCUCUGCAUCCGUCUGGUCCCAUUUCUCUGCUUUUGCAUCAAUCAGGCGUCCCUUCGUCUCUCCUCCGAUGAGCUGGCGACCCUCUUCGGCUUCCAUCAGCCAUGGCACCUGACACAUGCAGCACCAGCCCUCGGCCACACCGUCUUCAGCUGGGCGGCUGCCAACUGCACCCACCUCACCAUCGACGGAUCGAACAAGGGCGGCGUGCGGCACAUCUGGGAGAAGAUGCCGCCGCAGGUGGCGUACAGAUGGGGACAGCGCAUGAUCAACCUCACACACAUCCACGUCAUAUUGCCCAAGAGAGAUACCCGCUGGUGUCGCGGCAUCGUUGUCGGGAUCAUCGAGGGCAAUGCACAAGCACGCAAGGCACGGAGAGAGCAGCAGGAGGCGGCAGCACAGCCGGAGGACGUUGCGCGACCUCCCGCUUCGUCCAUCAAGGUCCUCAGCUUCGAGGAAGACACCGAAGUAAAGGCAUAUUGGACCCGCAGUGAGGCGUCAAGAGAGCCUGGCGAUGCUUCCCCCUCGCCCGUCGACUUGUCCAACCUCGAGGAGGUCCGGGACAUGCCGAAGGAGUACGCUUCCGUGCGCGUCGGCGGUCGUGUGUGGCACACGCCGUGCCUGCGAGUCAUGACCUUCAAGACCAACUUGAUGGAUGACGUCAGUGUGUUGGAGCAGUGGCUGGCGUCAUGCGAGCGCCUGGAGGUGUUCGACGACGGCCACGUCCCGCUCUCGUGGGCGGUAACGAACGUCUACGAGAGCGUCCUCGAGCGCAAGACGAAGAUCCUGAGGAUGGCCCCCACUGGCAGCACCUCCCUCUCCCGCCUCAGGUCUAUCGGCGUUAUUCCUCUGCCCAUACCAGAGCAGCUGGGGGAGCUGCCGCCAGAGGAAGAGGUGGCGGCCCUGCGUGAGGUCCUUGUGGCGCGAGGGUGUCGAAGGAGCCUCCGCGAGCUGCAUAUCCAGUCCGAGAGGAGACUCACGGCAGACCACAAGGAAAUGCUGCGGGAGGUGGGGCUCCUCGCAGAGGAGGUGCUCCAUCCUUCCGCCGUCGACCAGCCGCAGGCCCGGGUGCAUCCGGACGGCAGGGACGUCAAGAUGGACCUGGAGCUCAUCGGGUGGAUGAAGAACGAAUCACCUCAGGUGGGUUGGUGGGCGGUACAUGCACUGGCACCUUUCUGCACUGGCAAUCCUCGUGCCGUGCCGUUGUGUCCGCCUGUGUACGUGGUGUCAGGUUCAGAAGAUCGUGCGUUCGUUCGCUUCGCUGGCCGAUGUCGUGUGCUUCGACUCUCGACCAGGGCAUGACGACGCCCAGCUGACGGACCCCGAAGCUGCCGCACACACGACAUACUUCCACCGCGCCCACACUUUCCGCUGCACGGCGAGACGCCUGUCGGUAGCCGAGCUUGACGGCCUCGCCAAGAACCGUGGCCACCCAGAUGCCACAGUGCCGCCACUUGUGCUUCCGAGAUCAAUACAAGACGGUCGUCGACGAUUCGCCCACCACGGCUUUCCAGUUCCUUCGCCAGAUGGGCAGCAACGGGGAGGAGCGGCCUCCACUGUCGGUGCCGAUUCGUGCGUCCCCAGCGGGCAUCCUGCAGUCUGACCAAAGCGGGCUGCUGCAAUGGUACGUCUCGCAUGACCUGCCGGCCAUUGACGAGGUGGACAUCGAAGUGAAAGGUGAGAAGUGGCAACGAAGACAGAAGCAGAUGCACAUGGCGAUGCUGCAUGGCCUGUUUGCUCUGUCUGCUGUUUCUCCCUCCCCAUCCCCACAGGUGGGCUGCCAACUGGUGCCACGUUCGAGGCCUUCUACGGCUCGCUCAUGACCUCCCUCGCUGCCAUCGUCGGUGUCCGUGGCGUGCGCAAGGUGUCUGCCUGCAUCUCGGAUGCUGAUGUGCGUGAGGGCGUCCGCAGGCUGUUCAACGUGCACCUGGCCAUGUUCAACUUGCUGGGCGCCCCGUACACGGUGUCCAUGGUGGACGACACCGUCAGAAUCCACAAGCGAUCGUGAGGGCGAGGCCGCAGAAGGGUGUGUGCAUGCUCCCACUCUGUCAGCGCAUUUUUUCUGUGUGUACUUCACUCCCAGUCCGUCAUAACUUAUUAUUUAUCUGUAGACAUUUUUGUUGAGGCAGCUCUUUUUGGUGCUCGUGUAGUGCACGGGUACAUGCAGCGACGGAUAUUUCUGAUGAGAUUGGCCAAUGCCUGGGUGUUUUUCCUUGCAGGACGGG